AUGGCUCGUAGACCAAACCCGGGGUCCCGGUUCCAAAUAUCCAACCCGCAGCCGGUCCCAGAACUCGACUUUCUCGGCGCAGGUGGUCUGAGCGAUGGCCCAUAUCCGCACCCGAGCGCGCCGGCGUCCAACCUUGCGCGGCCAGCGUGGCCGGCCGGCGGCGAGGCGACCCGCUCACAGGUCAAUGCCGACCUGUCGCAGCGGCUGAACGGCGGCGUCCUGUCGGGCGGCAUCCCCAUCGGCGGCAUCGUCAACAGCGGCGGCCCACCCGGCCGGCGGCCAUCGGCAGGCCACUCGCCCGGCCAGUCGACGUCGGCCUUGCCCCCCGUCGUGCAUGCGCGCUCGGCGUCGCGGCAGUCGGUGGGCAUGCGCGACCCAUCAGGCUUCUCCCCGCCCCGACCGCAGCGCUCGCUGCGCCGCGGUCGCGAGAGCGAGGACAUGCAAGGUGGCGCGCCGCCUCCGUCGUCGCUCCGCACGGUGCCGACGACGCACGUCACCCGCCCGUCGAACGGCCAGAGGAUAGAGAUUCCGCCGCCCACGCGCCUCCAGAUCCCGCCGGUGCACGACUCGCCCGUGGAGCUCGUGAUCCCGCCGGUCGACUACUCGCCCGUGUCGCCUGUGGACGGGCGCCCGACUGGCGGCUGGGCGGCUGACCGCGCCGACCGCGCCGUCGCGCGCCAGCAGAGCGACGAGGUCGCGCAGCAAGCCGCCGCGGUGCGCGCUGGAACGGGGAACACUGCCGACGACCGCCUCCGGAACGUCGUCAACGCGUUCAGGUCGGCGGGAAGAAGCGCCCAGAAUCAACCACAGCAGCAGCAGCGCCGUCCGCGCAGGGGCACAGUCACGAGACCGGCCGAGAAUAACAACUGGGACGAUCUGACGUCUGGCGUUGGUGGCGGCAAGUUUGCCGAGAUCGAUGGUGUGAUGCGCCGAAUUCGAAAGGACUGGCCGUUCAUCAUGGAGGGCGACUUCUCGUCGUCGUCACUUGCACUGUCAUUGCUAUCCCAGGCGCCGAGUAGAAGCCUACCGCCGCAUCCCGAUCUCGAGGACUUUGAGGCGGUCCAUUCGGCGCUGUCGAUCAGCCUGCAGACGGCGGUGCAGUCGCAUUUCCAGACAUUCGCCGCAUCGCUGCCAACACACGCAAACUUUGUCGCUGCGCUUGAGCGUGCCCAAGCACAGGUCAAGGUCUCGCGUGUGGCGUUGAAAGACGCCCAGGAGGGUAUCAGCAGCAAAGGCAAGGCCGAACUCUCGAGCGUCAGGACACGAGAGCGCAUGGUGCGCGAAAUGCUCCAGAUCCUUGAUCACAUCGACGAGCUGAAAAAGGUGCCCGAGAAGCUCGAGUCCCUGGUCGCGGAAAAGCGAUUCCUGCAAGCUGCACUGCUGCUGGUUCGCAGCAUCAAACAGAUCAACCAUGAGGAUAUCCGCGACAUUGGUGCCAUGUCAGAACUGCGAUUGUUCUUCAACUCGCAGGAGACAUCACUCACCGACGUCUUGGUCGAAGAGUUGCAUAACCACAUCUACUUGAAGACGUUUAACAGUGAGACAAGGUGGCGGUCAUAUGUGCCAGGACAAACGAAGCUGCCCGUCAUCGAAUGGGCAGAGGACGCCCCUAUCCGCAGAGAUGCCUCUGGAUCGGUCGAAACAUCGUCCCGCUUUUCGAGCUACAUUUCUCAUCUCGCCGUCAAGCCAAACCACGAGCCAAUACUCAAUGAGAUUGCGGCGCGAAGCGGCAGGUCAGCGUCGCAGUUGGCGAACACGGCGUCGAUCACGUCCUUGACAUCCGUCGGAACUACGACCGAUGCGGUGACAGGUGAGGUCGACUCAUUUGCCUACAUGGAGACACUGCUCGAGGCACUGGCGGCGUUGGGCAAGCUCGGUACAGCCUUGGACGCAUUGGUGACCCGUGUACCGACCGAGAUUCACUCCUUGAUCGACACGACCAGCGACGAGGUCGAAGAACGAGCAGAGCAGCGUGCGGAAGAGAUCUCCGCCCUUCGUCCACCAAGCCUGUUACUGGCAGAAAAGCAGGACUUGGAGAGCAUGCCGCUCUUCGACAGCGACAGAGUGUCCGCGUCAGGCGACCAGGGCGGCCUCCCAAAGCACGCCGUCAUCCUUCAAGACUUGUUCUGGACGCUCUACUCCAAACUGUCGGCAGUGAUGGAGGCGCACCGCGCCGUCUACGAGGCUGCACGCUGGAUCGCCUCCCGCCGAGACUUUAGGGAUAACAGCAAGGCAGACCUGAAUCUCAACGUUCCAGUGCUCGAGAUCUGGCGGCCGGUGCAGCACGAGGUCCGUCAGCUGCUACAAAUCUACCUCAACGACGAAUCGGCUGGAUCCAAAUCAAACUCCAGUGCCAUUCCCAGCGUCAACGAGGUGCUCCGUGACGGCAAAUCCCGAGACAAGACACGAGAUCUGUUCAGGUUUAGCGACACCGACACCCGCGCGGUCAACAAUGAGAUCAAGGAGGUCGACGAGGCACUCAAGCAGUCACUGCGAGCGUCGGUCCCAGGAUUGAUCAACCUGCAGUCCGGCGAUGUCAAUGUCCUCAGCGGUGGUCUGGCAUCGGAUGAUCGAGUUACGGCGGCAGGGGGAUACCGAACCCUCACACCCGCCAACCUCUUCAAUGUAACGAUCCUCUUCCAGCCAACACUGGCUUUCAUCGACCGGGCAGUGGCAAUCGUCCCGCCCGGCUUCGAAGACGACAUGUCACAGUUCGGAACAGUACUCGAAGAGUUUGUCGUCGACGCCUACAUCCCGCAGCUCAAGGAAAAGGUCACCGCCUCGUUCCAACAGGCCGUGUCUGGUUACGACGCCUUCCAGCUCGAUCGCCGACCAGGCCUUGGUGACAAGCCGCCUCUCAAGUCUAGCGUACGGGUUAUGACAUUGGUGCAGGGCCUGUGUACCAUGCUCCAGCAAACGCCGUUCCACAAAGAGGACUACAGCCGCCUUAUUGUCGGCGUGGUGGUGCAGUACUACGAGCAGUGCGCCACCAGGUUCAAGGAUCUAGCAACGCUCCCACCGAGCCGUACCUCGCCUACGCAGGCACUUGCCCUCCCGGCUGUAUGGGCACAGCGCGACGAUGUCAUGGCUGCCAUGACGCGCGUCCGGGGCGCCUCUCUCGACGACCGCGACGAAGUCGAGGAUGCAGAGCAGCGUGAAGUCGCCCUCGAGAUGGGCCUCUUGGACAACAAGAUGCCCCGCGAGUCGCAGCUCAUCAACUCGACGCGCCGCUUCGAGUCAAUCGGCCACCUGGCCCAGACGAUACGAUGGUUCAUGGACUCGCUCAUCGACAUCCAGGAGUUGGUUGACGACAAGACAGCCGAAACGGCAACCAUGAGCGACGGCACGGCGAGCACGGCGCCUCGCCUGCCCCUCACCCACGCCAUGGCACAGCGCUUCGGAGCCAUUGUCAAGACCUACCAGCAGCUCAUUGAUAUGACGCUCAACACGAUGCGCCUCGAGGUGCGCUGUCGUGCACUGUGCAACCUCAGCGCGUCUUUGCAACAGGGCGAUUUCCGUCUUGAGAGUGAAGCCCUGGAGCCCGACCCAGACGUCACGGACCUCAACACGUCGCUCAUGGAGGCCGACGAGAUUGUUUCACGCGCGCUGUCGCCAGCCGACAAGGAGUUCAUCUUCCGCGGCCUCGCGGCGCUGAUUGAUCACGUCUACGUCCACGCCGCGCGCAACAUCAAGGUCGUCAACUCGGCGGGUGUGCGCAAGAUCCGCCGCAACAUUCUGUCCCUUCAGCAAACGCUGCGCGGCAUCAUCGUGUCCGAGCCAGAGGGCAUGCUCCUCCGCGCCACGGAAUACUGGGACCUGUUUGAACGUGGCCCUACGAAAACGCUCAAGAGCAUCCACACGACCGACCCCCUCUUCUCGUUUGACGACUACAACGCAAUGCUCACGCUGCAGUGCAAGACCGACUCGGACGAGACACUGCCCGACCUCAACGAGUAUCUUAUCGAUCUUCACGCACUCGCCAUGUCCAUCCCCGGCUGGGACGUCGGGGCCUAG